AUGUUGGACCACGUUCAUAUCUUCCAUCGAGGUGGGCUCGUGCUCUGGUCCAAAUCAUUCGUCCCCACCCCUUCUCCCCUUCGAACGUUAAUUGGAGAUGGUUUAAUCGGGGAGCAGGCGUCUGGCUUCGAUGACCUCAUGGUGAUGCACAUUGGAAGCUAUUCCCUGCAAUGGAAUCUCUCCAAUGAAUUUGGAUUGAUUUUCGUUGUAGCUUAUCAGCGGAUCCUGCAACUCACUUACAUCAAUGACUUGCUCGAAUCUAUGAAAUCACUCUUCACCUCCUUGUACAGCUCAAUCCUCGACACUACCUUCAACUCUUGGAUCGUCCCUGAGAUCGGAUUGACCCAAGGAUUCAAUGAGUUGUUUAAAGGGUGGGACCAAUCGUUUCAUAAGUUGUUGAAAGACAUCGAGCGGAUGGCCGAUCGCAGAAGGGGUGGUCUCGAUCAUCAGAAAACAAACGAGCUCGAUAAGAGGGCUGCGCAAAGACAAGCCGAGGAACAGCAACUCAUUGGCGACCAAAAACCAACUGCUCUUACGACAGCCACUAAUGCAGAAGCGAUCGCCAGAAAUAUAGCUGCGUUGAAAGCACGAAAGAAACCCAGCAAGUCCUCUACCAGUCGAGCGACAUCUCGGUCUGGUACAGACACUGACACUGCUCCAGCAAGCAACAAAUCACAAACCCCGAACAAAAAAACUGCCAGGAAGUGGGACAACGGCCGAAUCACCGCAAACGACAUCGAUGAAUAUGAUUUUAGUGAAAAAGACGCUCACCUGAACGAUUCGAAAACAUUGUCAUCGAACUUUAUCGAUAACACGUCGAUGGGCACUCGUAAUCAGAAAGGAUUCUAUGAAGUUGCCGAUUAUGACCGCAGUCGACCUGACCAACAGUCCGAAGAAGAUAAAUCACAACCCACUCUAUUUUCCAAGAUCAUCUCAUCCAUUCCGAUUUUUGGUGGACAGAAAUCAGGUCCAAUCACAUUGCGUGAAGAUGAUGUCAAGCCAAUGAUCGAGCAGAUCCAACUCCAGCUGAUGAAGAAAAACGUAGCUCGUGAGAUUGCUGUGAGGAUUUGUGAGAGAAUCCAAGUGGAGUUGGUCGGGCAGAAACUAGCAGACCGAUCGACGAACUCCCUCCAAAAAUUAAUCAACCAGAGCUUAGAGAUCAGCUUAACCAAGAUUCUUACACCGAAAACCAGCGUGGAUGUUUUAGCUGAUAUCCAUCAAAAGCAAGACCGCCAAAAGCAGAUGAACUUAUCUCAGCUCAGUGGUAGAUCCUCUACUGCACCAUAUGUGAUGACAUUUGUGGGUGUAAACGGGGUCGGCAAAUCAACCAACUUGUCCAAGGUCGCCUUCUGGUUACUCCAGAAUCGCCUGCGAGUAUUGAUCGCGGCAUGCGAUACCUUCAGAUCUGGAGCGGUCGAGCAACUAAGAACCCACGUCCGGAAUCUUGGGAAACUCGAUGGCGCGAUCGAGCAUCAAUCAUUCAGUUCAAACCAAGAAGAACGCAAGACGAUUGAAUUGUUUGAGAAGGGCUACGGGAAGGACGCCGCCGGUAUAGCCAAAGAAGCAAUACAAUACGCCAAAAACGAUGGGUUCGAUGUGGUCCUGAUCGAUACAGCUGGCAGAAUGCAAGACAAUGAGCCAUUGAUGCGGGCGCUUGGGAAGCUUGUGGUAGUAAACCAGCCAGACAAAAUCUUGUUUGUUGGGGAAGCAUUGGUUGGCAAUGAAGCAGUAGAUCAACUAGGAAAAUUCGACAAAUCCUUGAAGACUUUCAGCGGGCUUGAUUCACAUCUUGCUCGGGGCAUAGACGGCAUCAUUUUGACUAAGUUCGAUACGAUUGAUGAUAAGGUUGGAGCUGCUUUGUCCAUGACCUACACAAUCAACCAGCCGAUACUUUUUGUUGGCACCGGGCAAACUUACACCGAUUUGAAAAACCUCAAAGUCAACCACGUCGUCAAUGCAUUGAUGAGAUAA